GACGGAUCGGAACACAAAAUGGCAACACCAAUUCAACUGAACCUGCAAGCCAAAAACGCAGAAUAUGCCUCGAAGUUUGACAAAGGCCAUCUUGCCUUACCUCCAGCAAAGCAUUACCUUGUCCUGACAUGUAUGGAUGCUCGAAUCGACCCAGCAGCAGCUUUUGGCAUUGAUCUCGGCGACGCCCACGUCAUCCGAAACGCAGGCGCUAACUCCCGUGAUGCAUUGCGUUCAAUUAUCAUCUCCCAGCAAUUGCUCAACACAAAAGAAAUUCUCCUCGUCAAGCACACCGGUUGUGGAAUGCUGACAUUCACCAACGACGCCGCACGCGCUGUCACGGAAAAUAAUCUUGGUUCUCAUGUCAAAUCGGAAGUUGAGGUGUUAGACUUUCAACCGUUCCCGGAUUUGGAGGAGGCAGUCAAGGCCGAUGUGAAAUGGCUGAAGGAACAGACCCUAGUGAUUCCCGGUAUUCCUAUCACUGGGUGGGUGUAUGAAGUAGAGACGGGAAAGGUUCGGCAGGUGGUCUGAAUUUUUUUUCAUUUUUUUUUCAUUUUUUGUUUUAAUCCUUCCAUGAUUGUAAAGAUGGUCCAACCAGUGAUGACUCUGAAACCAGGAUAGGACAGCUCCGGAGAUAUGCUCACCUUUGAUAUUCAUAUGUUUCCUGUUCGAACAUCAAGCCUCAAAUGGCCGUGGUAGAUCAACUUAGAAGGCUUUGUAGAUAGAGUAACUUAGAUUCCAGGUAUAAAACCGGAUUUUGCGCCCUCAAAUUGACACGAGAUUAGCUGGGGCCAUGAGGGCCGACGGUCCUAAAUCCUCCUUCAUCUCUGUCUUCACCUUUCUGAGGCCAUAAGAUGUGCCGCAAUUUUAUCGCUCGAAUCAUCAUAAAAACGACAAAGAAAUACGUGCAAAACAGCAUGACAGUCAUCACGCAACCAAUAAUAUUUAUAGCGCGGCUUGAGAAUGCUUCUCCGAUUGCAAAUGUAGCAGCCACCAAGGCAGUGUUCG